ACAACUUUUUUUGAAAAUAAUCAAUAGAUAAAUAAUUAAAUAUUAUUAACUAAAAUGAAAACAGAAACAGAAAUAGUGUGUAUACAUAGUUCGACGGAGACACAAACAUCCACAGUGGUUAAAAAUAGAGACACAGUUGUGCAAGAAAUUCUUCACAAUAAUGUUCCUACUGAUACGUUAAUAAGAUGUGGGAACCAAAAACCAACAAUUCCAGGCAUAUCAGAAAUUACAGAUCACUUACUGCUAAGUUCAGCAGCAGUAUUACGACCUGAUAUACUGUCACGAUUGGGCGUCAAUUGCGUUAUAAACGCUACCAGUGAACUUCCAGACACUCCAUUACCUGAAUGUGAUCCACCAGUAAUAUAUUUAAGGGUGCCAGUUUUAGAUCGUAAUGAAACAGAUUUAACGCCAUAUUUCGAACUUGUUGCAGAUACAAUAGACCAAGUCCGACAAUCAAAUGGUGUAACACUUGUACACUGUGUAGCUGGUAUUAGCCGAUCAGCAUCACUAUGCCUUGCGUAUUUAAUGAAAUAUAAUGGAAUGACGUUACGCAAUGCAUACAGAUUAGUAAAAUCAAUACGACCGCAGAUCAAACCGAAUUCUGGUUUUAUGCGACAAUUAAUUACAUAUGAAUUCCAAUUAUAUCAUGAAAAUAGUGUACAUUUUGUGUAUAAUGAAGUAACUAAAACACAAAUACCUGAUUUAUAUGAAACAGAUUAUGAACAAAUGUUACUGUUUCAGAGAAAAUAUAAAAAUGCUUGUUUUAUUGGAAGACAUUAACAAAAGGAAAAAAAAGAAAGUAUUAACUAAACAAUGUACCUAAAUAUUCAAAUAAUAUGUUGUAUAGGCACUUCCAAAAAAAAUUUUUUACUCGUUUUUUUUGUCUUAAAAGUUAGUUAAAGUACAAAAAAUGUCAUCUAAGCUAUCGAAAUCUUUUGCAAGGUAAUAUAACCAUCUUUUAUGAAUGGUUUUUUUUUUUUUGAAUCCAAAGAGUUUAUAUACAUAAAGAACGCGAGGGAUCUGCUAGCCU